AUGGAAAAAGCUGCUGCAGCAGAGUCUAAUGCUAAUUCCACUGUAUCAAAAGCAUCGAAAGGUUCAUCGUGGGACGAAGGCAGGCGAGAGCGAGAAGUUCCCUUCAGAGCCGAGAAUGGCAGAAAGGAUCGAACGGCAAAUAAGCGUGAGAGUGGAAGGGAGGUUGGAAGCUUUUCACUACCACUUUCUCUGGUUUUUUCCUUCACCCUCUUCCUCCUCCUUCUACUUCCCUCCACUUCUCGUGCCCACAACAUCACCACCAUCCUGGCCAAACACCCUGAAUUCUCCACCUUCAACCACUACCUCUCUGCCACCCACCUUGCCGCUGAGAUCAACCGUCGCCAGACCAUCACCGUCCUGGCCCUCGACAAUGCCGCCAUGUCAUCCCUCCUUGAGAAACACCUAUCCAUCUCCACUCUCAAAAACGUCCUCUCCCUCCAUGUCUUGGUCGAUUACUUUGGCGCCAAGAAACUCCACCAGAUCACUAAUGGCACCACUUUAGCUUCCUCCAUGUUCCAGGCCACCGGUGCGGCUGCCGGAACUUCCGGUUACGUCAACAUCACUAACCUCAAAGGUGGGAAAGUGGGUUUUGGAGCUGAUAACACAGACGGCGGCGCUCUUCAUUCGUUUUAUGUGAAAUCUGUGGAUGAAUUGCCGUACAACAUCUCUAUUUUGCAGAUAAGCCAAGGUCUCUCUUCUGCUGAUGCCGAAGCUCCAACCGCUGCGCCGAGCCAGGUCAAUCUAACCUCAACCAUGGCUAAACAAGGCUGCAAAGCAUUCGCUGAUCUGUUGAAGGCUUCCAAGGCGCUUUCUACUUUCGAGGAAAACAUUGAUGGUGGUUUGACUGUGUUUUGUCCAACCGACAACGUUGUCAAAGGUUUCUUACCAAAGUACAGGAAUCUAACAGAUGCAGAUAAAGUGGCAUUGCUGUUGUAUCAUGGGAUUCCUGUGUAUGAAUCCUUACAGAUGUUGAAAUCCAAUAAUGGGAUUGUCAACACUUUGGCCACCGGAGGAGCAAACAAGUAUGAUUUCACAGUGCAGGAUGAUGGUGAGGUUGUGAGGUUGGAAACAAAAGUUGUGACGGCAAAAAUAGUAGGGACAUUGAUAGACCAAGAUCCUUUGGUUGUGUAUAAGAUUAACAAGGUAUUGUUGCCCAGAGAGCUGUUUAAGGAAACUCUCGCACCUGCAGAAUCACCUGAGCCAGCAAAGAAGAAGAAGAAGGGAGAUGCGUCGGCUGACUCGCCGGAUGCCGAUGCGCCGGAGGAUGAUGUGGAAUCAGAUAAGGCUGAUGAUAGUAACGGGGCAAGUGGGUUACGUGAAGGGGUCAAAUUCUUCAUGGUUUUGUUGUGUUUGGCUAUGGGGGUUUUGUCUCUGUGAUUGCAUAUUGAAAAGGCAGAUGCUUCUCAGCUCUAAGGUCAUAUGCGUGAUUUGAUUUAAUUUGUGAAUUAAAAAAAAAAAAACAACGAAACCCACAUGAUGGAUUGGAUUAUUAUUGGAGAUCAAAGGUGGUCUGUCUUUUUCUUUCUAUUUUUUUAAUGGUUUUUCAUUUGUUGAUAUAUUCAUUUGUAGCUUAUCAGAUUUGUCAUUUUCGUUGCGGAUGGAUAGAAUCCAGGUUGUAACUUCAAUUUGACAGAUAUUAAUGGUUGCUUUUUCUCAAA